AUGCACGGCGUUAAGCGUGUUAAACAAACUCCAGAAGCCCUUGCGGCUAAGAAAGUCAAGGAGCAGGCCAAGAUAACCGAGUAUCUCGCUCUUUCGGACGACGUCCUUGCCAAGAAAGCAGCUAAAGAUUGGUCUCGCGAUGCUUUGGAGUCAACAACACGAAUUCUCCAGAUUAAUCCGGAGUUUUAUACGGUGUGGAACUAUCGCAGAAACAUUCUCCUUCGCGGAAUAUUUCCUGAAAGUUCACCUUCUGCAAUCAACGACUUGCUAACCGAAGACCUUAACAUGACGACGGCAGCUCUGAGGCUUCAUCCCAAAGUCUACUGGAUAUGGAAUCACCGCAGAUGGUGCCUCGAAAAUGUACCAAACGGACCAGGCACCGAUGAGGAAGGGGACAUUGAUGGCUGGAGGAAGACUAACUGGGACAGAGAGAUGUUUGUGGUGGACAAGAUGCUUGAUGCGGACUCACGGAAUUUCCAUGCGUGGAGUUAUCGCCGAUACGUGCUUGCCGGCAUGCCUGUUAGACGACCAGAAACCACCGAAUUGGCCUAUACCACCCGGAAGAUCGAAGCCAAUUUCUCCAACUUCAGCGCAUGGCACCAGCGCACCAAACUCUUGACUUCACUCUGGGCAAGCGGAAGGCUGGACUACGCCAAAUCGAAAGAAGAUGAGUUUGAACUAGUGCGGAAUGCAAUGUUCACCGAUCCGAAUGACCAAAGCGUGUGGAUUUAUCAUAGAUGGCUUAUGGGAGAAGGCGAUGACCACACCGUACUGGAGAGGGAGAUUGGGGUCAUUCAAGAGCUUCUCGAUGAACAACCUGACAGUAAAUGGUGCAUGGAAUCACAAGUGUACUACAAGCGGAUCCUGCUUCGCAAGCAUGCGACGACUAUCGAUGUUGACAGAGUACGGGAAGAGUGCAAGCAUCUGCUGGGAGAACUGCGGAAACUCGAUCCGGCUCGAAAAGAGCGAUAUGCAGAGAUAGACAAAUUGCUCUCAAGCUCGGUCUAA